AGAGAAGCAGGAGACUCCGCCCUUUUCCUGGUUUCUUGGAGAAUUUGAAUUCAGUUGGAAAAUAUACACAAACGAUGGUACUGAUUCUACUACUACUACUACUACUCAACGGUUUUUUAUUGGAACCUGUGAAUUCUUAUGUGACAGUUACUAAAUAUACAAUUGGCAACAAGACUUAUUAUGAAAAGUUUGAACAGCCUUGGUUUAGGCAUAUGCAUUAUGAUCAUGAUCCGGUAGAGGCAUCUGAAAAGGACGAAUCAGCAUUCGGAAAACAUUUUGUACCGGAGGAUGAUGUGUUUAUAGCUCCUGAUUGGACAGCACAUGAAGCGAAAUAUAUGAGUUGUUUGAAUAGAACAUGUGUUUGUGGAUAUUUUAAAGGAAGCGUGAAAAACGGAGAAUGCUACCUUCCAAGCGGGAAAUUGCUGAAAAGAGCUGUACGCAGAGAGCUGAGAUCUCUAAGACCUGACGAUCGGAUAAUGAUCGAGAACGCGUGGAAUGCGAUGAAGAAAAGCGGUCUGUACAACAAAAUCGGAAGAGUUCACAAGUACUCCGGUGUACACUCGGGACCUGCAUUCACCCUGUGGCACAGGGAGUUCUUGAAGAGACUCGAACUAGCGCUUCGUGAUCACAUGAAAAACCCGGACUUCGGGCUCCCAUUCUGGGACUCCACCCUCGACUCGUUGCUCCCUGAGCCCAAGGAUUCUAUUAUUUUCUCGGAGCUCUUUCUCGGCGAGGUGGAUGAUAAGGGGUUCGUGAAAAAUGGUCCAUAUCACAAUUGGGAGACUAUGGAGGGUCGGGCGCAAAUAUUCCGCAACUUUGGAGAGGAUGAUUCUGGGGAAAUGCUGAACGACGCAAGAGUUGAUUGGCUUAUUAAUAAUCCCGAUAUUAACAUGAUUUUGGGGGCUACCAUGCCAUUAUCGACGUGCCCCAUGAACCAUACUCUUGACGCUCGAAUGCUUGAAUUCUCCCAUGAUUAUGUGCACUUUUUCGUCAACGGUGACAUGAGCAAAUCGUACUCGUCAUCGAAUGAUGUAUGUUUCGUGUAUCAUCACGGAAUGAUCGAUUGGAUUUUUGAGCACUGGCGCCAGAAUAUGCAGAGCCGAGAGGAACGGAAAACUGAGUACCCAAAGAGUGAUGAAAGAUGCUUCCCGUUCUGGCAUAAUGGCGAUAAUUCGAUGCCUUUGUUGCAGCCUCUGAAAAACAAGGACGCGUUAUCAAAUGGGUACACAGAUAACAUGUAUGAAUACUAUCCGAGGCCAACUUGCACCAGAGAAAACCCCGAUUGUGAUUCUCCUUAUCUAUUCUGCUACAUUCCUCCAAAUAACGAGCAUCCGCCGAGCUGUGUGAGCAAAGUUCGUCGAAACGGAGUUUGCAGAGGAUUCGAGGAUUAUCCUAUUUGUUACUGGGGUCAAUGUGUUGAUGGGCGGUGUGAUGAGACGGUGAAGGCGCCGAAAAGGCUGGAGAAAUUCAAGAAGUUUGAGAAGAAAAUUGUUCCUUUCAUUAUGUAAAGUAUAAUUUUCAUUUCUCAUAUAUAAUUUUGGGUAUAGCUUUCAAAGUUCAGGUUUUCUUUUUCUUUUUCGAAAUCCAUGUUUUGUCCCCAUGUCCCAGUAUUCUAGUCAAUUCUUUUUUCCUAAAAUAAAUAUACAAUUUUUCGCAAUAUAUAAACAUGUUAUUACACAAA